AUGGCAUUGCGAACCGUUUCAGGAAAGAUACUGGCAACGUCCUUGGUUGCUGCGGUGACGGUGGGCGGAACAUACGGCUUCAUGGUACAAAGACGAGUGAGAUUGGUCGAUCGAGGGCAAAUCACACGUUUCGAAACGAUACCCGAGUCCUUUGAGAAGUCUAGGUCGGUCAGCGAAAUUGUCAAUGCUGGAAACCAUGCGCGAGUGUCCGACUCACGCUUCAUCGCCCUUGACAUCCCCUCUCAGCACCACGAUGUUUCUGACGAGGUUUUGCUGGCAAAGUUUGUCAAGGGAUACUUUGGAGGAGCUGUUAUAGGGCCUGAGAGGAGGACGCUUCAGACACUCGGUCGCAACCUCCUUCCCUCCAUCAACACCGUUUUGUUCGGUGUUUUUCAGACUCUGGAUUCACACCUCGCCAAGGAACAAGUCAAGGACGGGGUGGACCGCACCGAGAGCUACGUCGACUUUGGCUUUGGCAGCGACAAGUUUUGGUUCGGUGGCGUUCACAGGUUCGCAGUCGUGAGGUCAAGAAACGAGGAGGGGGAGGAAACGGUACAGGUUCACUGUCAGUCCAUGUCCUGUAAUCCGUCUGUGAACAAGCCCCUGAGGCCGUCAUGGAUGUUUGCGUUUCACAAGGCGUAUGCGGAUUUGCUGUUCAGGGAUGGUGUUUCUGAGAUUAAGAGAUGGAUGGGAUCAGCGUGAUUGUUGCUGUGUGUAAAAGGAGGACUCUUGUCGUGCUGUAAGACUAAGUGUGAAAGAACUGAUGAGUGUUCCAAAGUUAGCGAAACCUCAUUCAGAGAAUGAUAGAUCCCUUCUCAAUG